UCUGGGAGUGCGAGGAUCAGGCUGACCGUAUCAUAUGAGAAAACGCCACGUCGCUUUGUGAAUAGUGACAAUUCUUUGCCUUUGGAGCAAGAUUAUUGAAAUUAUUCGCUAUUACUCUGAGUCACUAUAUGUGAGAUAUCCCACCAUGCAGUCUACAUACUCGAGGAGGAGUCCAGCUGUAAAGCGGUUAAUGAAGGAAGCUCAAGAGCUAAAGGAUCCUACGGAACAGUACUUUGCUCAGCCACUAGAUGACAAUUUAUUUGAAUGGCACUUCACCGUAAGAGGCCCACCAGACUCUGAUUUCUCUAAGGGCGUGUAUCAUGGUCGUAUCACCCUACCACCAGAAUAUCCCAUGAAACCUCCCAGUAUCAUGCUAUUAACACCCACAGGAAGGUUUGAAGUCGGCACCAAGAUCUGUCUGUCCAUCUCUGGUCAUCAUCCUGAAACAUGGCAACCGUCAUGGAGCAUUCGCACAGUGCUUCUGGCUAUCAUAGGCUUUAUGCCUACAAAGGGUGAGGGUGCUAUAGGCUCACUAGACUACACGCCAGAAGAGAGAAAAGUGCUUGCCAGAAAAUCACAAGAAUGGAAAUGUGAGGCUUGUGGAACACCAAACCGUAGCAUCCUUCCUCCUGUCACAGCCAAGUCAGCAGCAAUGCAGAAAGAAGCUGCAGAGCUAGCUGCUCAAAUCCAAUUCAAGAAAGAGGAGAAGAAGCAAUCAAGUACAUCGGAAUCACCAUCAACCCCUCCAGCCGCUGAACCUGCCGCCGCCCCAGCCAACGGCCAAGUGCCUGCCCCCCUUCCACCACACCCUUUCAAUAUGAUGAACCCCGGUAUGGGGAUGGGUCAGAUGCAGCCCCCUUUUAUGCCUUUACCACCGAACUUCAUGAUGCCAGGCCAGGGACAGUUCGGCAUCCCCAACCACAAUCCAGCCACGCCUUCGCAGCCAGCGGAAGUCAACAGUGCCCAGCCACAGGUGGCUGCAGAUACGAACAGUCCUGACACUCCAAGUGGUAGCAAUCAGUCUUCCGCGUCUCCGCCCGUAAGCCAAUCACCGCCUACCAGUGACAGUUCAAACAGUGAUGGGGUGAGACAAAGAACUAAUGUUCCUAGUCAAUCCAGUUCGUCUUCCCCUCCCAACCAAAGCACCAGUGGACAUACCUCCCAUCGUCCGUCAGAGGAGCGAGGACUCCAGGGGAUAAUGUGCCCCUUGGUUACAAUGAGCAUCUUCAGUUUCGUCAUUAUCGUCCUCAUCUUCAGACGGGUGUAUCUCACCUAUGCUUACAAAUUCACCUGAUGACCCACUCUCGAGUACUCUUUGGUAUGAAGAGAUAAAGUAAUCAAUUUCAAGGACCCGAAUGGGGGAAAAAACACUUCUACCCUUACAUGUAAAACUUCCUUUUUUAAAAUGCAUAAUAUGCUUUAUGCGGUAUCUGGUUCGUAGCAAUAAUUAAGUGGCUCCCACGCACAUAUAUUCUUUGAUCUUAUACACAUGUAGACGUCAAACCCUUGAGUUCCAGAUGAAUCUUGCAAAAUUUCCGGGGGGGGGGCUCACAGAGAGUUAAGUGUGAUUUGGGGUUGCACUUAAAUUCCCAGUUGCGUGCGGUAUAAAAGGCAUCAUCGCAUCGGUCAAUCAUGUAAAGAGGACGAGAGCUACAAUAUACUUUGUGAUAAUCAUUAAGAUUGCGCAUCACAUAUCAUGUGCGCAUCAGUAUUCAACAAUGAUGCUAAGUCACACUUAACUCUUUAUGAAACGCCCCCUCCCCCUGAAGAGCCUUUAAAGAAACUACAAUUAUGAUAAUAAUGGUAUAUAUACCCAGGGUAGCCACCCCAGUUCUGAAAACUGUUCUCCUAGCUCGCCCUGCUAUUGUUAUUAUUAUUUACCUCCUGAGAAUUAUGCUCUCAUCUUUAUUACAGUUAAUGUGCCGUCAGUAAUGCAGUAUUCACUUAUCCUCUAGUCAAGCCCUAGAUAUGUUCAUAUUUGGUGCUUGUUGCCAGACGAAACAAAAGCGACCUUGCAUGUGCAUUGAUCACAUGACAUCAGCUGUACUUUUGCAGAUUGGUCAGUGAAUCUGAAUUUGUUGUAUUUACAUGUAGCAGCCAAAAAUUUAUUCAGCUUUGUCUUAUUUCCCACUUACCUGCACAUUGACAGGCAUCUUAAGUUAUUUCCAGCAAGUUUUGCUUCAAUCUGUUUCACGGCGGAAAGUAACCAAGGACACAAGUUAUUUUCAGAAGGCAUCUAGUAAACACCUUGAAAGCUUUUAUUUUGUUAUCUCUAACUAGGUAUUAGGGCCCCUUUGCAUGAAAGCUACUAUUAUGCUUACCCUACCAACCAAUGGUAACUACCAUGUUAACGGUGCUCAACAGCCAAUCAAAAUCAAGGAUUCAAUGAAAGUUCCUUUUAUGCAACAGGCCUUCGGACAUGAUGUGCUAUUACAAGCUAUUUGUACACACUGGCGGAUCCAGGAGGGGGGCAUAGCCGGCUCGUGCACCCCCCCCCUUGAGAGCUAUAAUCAAAAUUUG